AUGCUAGCGUUACGGAGUGGUGAUGGACGUUGUAGAGGUGUUGGUGUUGCUGGUGCUGGUGCUGGAGGCUCUGGUGAUGGUCUCGUAAUGGAUUUUGAUGCCGGAAUACCCAUAUCCCGACAGACUGUCACCGAGGGACGCUCCUCUUUGUCUCCAUCCUUGAACGAAGACACAUUUUGGCAAAUGAACUUGAGAUCAAACAAGACGAUGGAUUAUGGACCUUAUCCUGUGCGUGAAGGUGAACCUGACUGUUCUUACUACAUUAGAACAGGCCUAUGCAGAUUUGGGGCAGCAUGCCGAUUUAACCAUCCUCCUAAUAGGAAACUGGCUAUCGCCACAGCAAGGAUGAAAGGAGAGUAUCCGGAGAGAAUAGGACAACCUGAAUGUCAGUACUACUUGAAGACAGGAACUUGCAAGUUUGGAGCCACGUGCAAGUUUCAUCAUCCUAGAGACAAGGCUGGGAUUGCUGGAAGAGUUUCCUUGAAUGUUUUGGGCUAUCCACUUCGUGUGAAUGAGGUCGAAUGUGCUUAUUAUUUGAGAACGGGACAAUGCAAGUUUGGAAGCACAUGUAAAUUCCACCAUCCCCAGCCAUCUAAUAUGAUGGUCACAGUGCGUGGUUCUCCUGUUUAUCCACCUGUCCAUUCUCCAACAACCCCUGGUCAGCAAUCAUAUCAAGGAGCAAUAACAAACUGGUCUGUGUCCAGAGCUUCUUUCAUUCCCAGUCCACGCUGGCAGGGCCCUUCAAGUUACACUCCUGUAGUUCUGCCUCAGGGAGUGGUGUCAAUCUCAGGAUGGAAUGCAUACAAUGGUCAGCUGGGUUCUGUUUCAUCUUCUGAGAGCCAGCAUCAAGCAGCAGGAAACAGUCAUGUUUAUGGGACAUCACGCCAGAAUGAAGCAGAAAAUGGGGGAUCUCAGGGAGUCUACUCUUCGUACCGUUCUGGUUCUGUGCCUCUAGGGUAUUAUGCAUUGCAGAGGGAGAAUGUUUUUCCAGAGAGACCUGGCGAGCCUGAAUGCCAGUUUUACAUGAAGACCGGAGAUUGUAAGUUCGGUGCAGUUUGUAGGUUCCAUCACCCUAGAGAGAGAUUGAUUCCUGCUCCAGACUGUGUCUUGAGUCCGCUUGGCCUUCCCCUGCGUCCGGUGAGUUGUAUCUUCACUGGUAUACUCUCUUAG